AAAAAAAAAAAUUUUUAAGGGAGCAGGAGGCGAAAAGAUAAGCAAUUGGCGGAUAAAGGUUCUAGUCCGCAAGAACUUGGGAGCAUGCACCCGUGCUUUUCCGACUAGCCGCCGCUUCUUGCAGCCGACCGGGGGUUGCCUUUUUUGCAAAAUCGCCCCUCCGAGGCGUGCCGUUCGCUGUUCUUUCACUUCUGGGAAACCGACAUGGACAGAAAACAAGAUCCUAAAGGAUCCUCGGAAAAGCGGAAAGGAGGGCCGAAGAAGAAACGGCCGCCCCUCUUGAGCAUGCCAUCAGCAAACAAACAGUCAUCCGUCCCCCCAACACCUCCAAGAAACUUGGAUUCCAGGACUUUCAUUACUGUUGGUGAGAAGAACUUUGAAGUAGAGGCCGACGACUUGGUGAGCAUUUCGGAGUUGGGAAGAGGAGCUUACGGUGUAGUGGAGAAAGUGUAUCACGCGCAGAGUGACACCACCAUGGCUGUGAAGAGAAUCCGAGCCACUGUGAAUUCUCAGGAGCAGAAGAGGCUGGUGAUGGACUUGGACAUUUCCAUGAGGACCGUGGACUGCUUUUACACCGUCACGUUCUACGGAGCCCUUUUCAGAGAGGGUGAUGUGUGGAUCUGCAUGGAGCUAAUGGAUACGUCUCUGGAUAAAUUUUAUAAGAAGGUCCUGGAAAAGAAGAAGACGAUCCCAGAAGACAUACUUGGGAAAAUAACCGUGUCUAUUGUCCGAGCCCUGGAGCAUUUGCAUAGCAAGCUGUCUGUGAUUCACAGAGAUGUGAAGCCGUCCAAUGUCCUUAUCAAUAAACAGGGACAUGUCAAAAUGUGUGACUUCGGGAUCAGUGGAUACUUGGUAGAUUCCGUGGCGAAGACCUUGGAUGCUGGUUGCAAACCUUAUAUGGCACCAGAGAGAAUAAACCCUGAGCUGAACCAGCAGGGAUACAAUGUGAAAUCGGACGUCUGGAGCCUGGGCAUCACCUUGAUUGAAAUGGCCAUUCUCCGAUUCCCGUACGAAUCCUGGGGCACCCCUUUCCAGCAGCUGAAGCAAGUGGUGGAAGAGCCCUCGCCUCAGCUGCCUGCUGAGCAUUUCUCACAGAACUUUGUGGACUUCACAGCCCAGUGUUUGAGGAAGAAUCCUGCCGAACGAUUGAGUUACGUGGAGCUCAUGGCUCACCCGUUCUUCACUAUGCACGACACCCGCGAGACUGAUAUGGUCUCCUUCGUCACAGAAAUCCUCGGAGAAGACUCCUAAAGUCUCACGGACCUCGCCAUUGGAACAAAAGAACCAGCCCUGCCUUCUCCUGGCGGGGAGAGAAAACGGAAUAAGGAUUUUUAUAGCAUCAACUGUGGUUUGCACAAAAGAGAAUGAAUGUCUUCGCUGCUUCCUUACCCCCCCCCCCAAAAAAAUAAUUUUUCUCUUCCCUCCCACCCCCUUUCUCGGCAUCAUGCUGGACUUAGAGCGAUUUUAUUAUUAUUAUUUAACAAGAGGCCUCCUAUGAAUGACAUGUUUUUGACACGUAGAAGUCUUCGAUCCCAACUGUAGCCACGCACAAUCUGCUUUAAGGGUGAGAGUUUGCUGUCGCUGCUCUCCCUCGGGUGGGUUUUGAUAGAAGCACGUUGUGUUGCUUUUAAAACCAGGCGCUUUUUUGAAAUGCGGCUGUGUGUGUGUGUGUGUGUGUGUGUAUGUAUGUAUGUUUGUGUGUCUAUGAGCAUGUGUACUUCUGCUUGGAGAGACCUGAGCCCAUCCAAAACUGCAUUAAUACAAAAAUCACAGCGGCCACAGAAAUGUCACCUGCCGCAGGUUAACCAGCAGAGCUGCGGGGCUGGUUGUUUUUUCAGGUGGUGUCAUUUCAUCUUGCAAGCGGCAGAUUGCAUUAAAAAAAAA